UCGGACCAAUCAGCGUCAAGAAGUGUAAUGACGUCAGUGGUACAGAUUUUUGCGCGAGACUGCUCAGGUUGGCGGGUUAAACACACACACAAAAACUCGAGUGUAGGUCCUCAACCGAGCUCUUCUAACACACAAAGUGGUAUUGUUGCUGGCAGCAUCUCGGCUGAAAUGGCAAACAUUGGAGACCUCCAAGUUAAGGAGCUGAACAAGCGGGCUUCAGGUCAGGCGUUUGAGCUCCUCCUGAGCCCCUCCUCUGACAUCAAAACGCAGUUUCCACUGUCCCCACUCAAAAAGAAGGAAAUAUCACUGGAUGAGAUUAUGCGGAAACUGGAAGCGGCAGAUGAGCGACGCAAGAACCACGAGGCAGAAGUGCUGAAAAACCUGGCGGAGAAACGAGAGCACGAGAAGGAAGUGAUCCAAAGGGCCAUUGAUGAAUGCUACAAAUUUAGCAAGAACACCCAAGAGAAGCUUACUCAAAAGAUGGUGGCUGCGGAGGAAAGACACAAGAUCCACGAAGCGGAAGUAAUGAAAAACCUCGCUGAGAAAAGAGAGCGUGAAAAGGAAGUGCUCCAGCGGGCCAUCGAUGAAGGCUGCAACUUCAGCAAGACCACUCAGGAGAAGCUUAACCAGAAAAUGGAGGCUGCGGAAGAAAGACACAAGAGCCACGAGGCUGAAGUAUUGAAACAAUUGUCUGAGAAACGAGAGCACGAGAGGGAAGUCCUCCAGCGGGCUAUUGACGAAUGCUGCAACUUCAGCAAGACCACGAAAGAGAAGCUCAAUCAGAAGAUGGAGGCCAACCAGGACAACCGCAACGCACGAAUGGCUGCUCUUGAUAAAAAACUCAAAGACAAGGACAAGAAGAUUGAAGAAUUGAAGAAAACAAGAGUCUGAAGAAAGGAUCAAUAUUUUUUUUCAUAAAUCUUCUCAAUGGGCAUUUUUGCUUAACAUUAUUGCUGUAGUAGUGACUUCAAUAUUUAGUGUCCUUUUUGCAUGAGUAGGUUCUUAUGGCAGCUGAUUACAUUGUAGUCUUUAAGGUGUGAGGUACGGUAUAUUUCCUGUUUUGGAGGUAUUAUAACCAAUACACUGGUCCAUAUAUUCAGUGCUGUUCCAAAUUUCAGGUACUGUCUAUAUCCUCAUCUUUUUGUACCUUGAUUUACCUUGUUUGUAUCCCUGCGUUGUUUCCAGUAA